AGUUGGAAUCUGUAGCACCACUAGUUCACUCAUCGUAACACACGUAGUUUCCUUUUUCUUUUAUUCUCACAUGACAGCGCAACAUACCAUUUGCCAAUUUGUUCUGCUAACGUGAGCCUUCUUUCUCAUCAGCAACGCCGCCAUUGAUACAUGAGCUGGAGUUUCAUAUACAUAGGAGUAUUAUUAUUAUUUUGAAGUUAUUAUAUAGUAUUAUGGAUACAUGAGGUGAUCAAGCAUGGCGUUGCCAGCCAUACCGCGCCCCACUUUAUCCUUUUCCUCUCUUCCCCACCCAACGCAGUUCUGUUUUGUGAGGGCCGAAUGGAAGAAGAAGAGAUUAGCACUUAUGACAGCUCAUCGUGGACAUGGUCCUUCCUCAAGAAUUGUGAGGUCAGUCUUGGAUAACAGGAAAUCAAAUAUCAACGGCAAUGAAGCAACUGAGCCUGCAAGGGUUCUUCUUGAGAGGUUGUUUGCCCAGACCCAGAAACUAGAACAACAGAUUGGCAGAAAUCCUUAUCUUCCUCAGGUGGCUGAGCUGGGACUAAAUCUUGGCAAGCUGGAGUCUGAUUUGCAGGAUGCUCUUGCAACCUUGAAGAAGAAGGAAGAAGAUAUUCAAGAUACAGAGAGAAAAGUAUUGAUGGAGUACAAUGAAUUAAACCGUGCAAAGCUAGAAUUGGAGCAGCAGGAGGAAGAGAUUGCAGCUGCUAGUUCUAGGCAGGAAAAACUGGAAAAUGAGCUAAGGCAGGCUAAUCUUACCUUAGCAUCUCAAGCUGCGGAAAUUGAAGAUCUAAAGUUUCGUCUCAAGGAGAGAGAUCAGGAGAUAUCUUCUACGCGAACAGCCCUAGAUUCAAAAGCAGAUGAAAUUGAUAAAAUGACGGAUGAGUUGAAGAAUAGAAGCGAUGAAGCCGCUAACACUGAAUCAGAACUCAGAACCAAGGCUGAGCUACUUGAUACAGCAAAUGAAGUAGUUCAAAGACAGGAGGUUGAGCUACAAAAUUUCCGAAGAGAAAUUCAAGAGAAAGAGAAAGAGCUGGAAGUCUUCUUGACAAUGCAGAAAACUGAAGAAGAGAAACUUAAAGUUGCCAAAUCCAAUUUGGAGAAGCAGGCAAUGGAUUGGCUCGUAGCAAAGCAAGAAAUGAAGAAAUUGGAAGAGGAAACAUCUAAAUAUGGUGGAGAAGAAAAUAGGACCCUUGAGGAUUUCAGAAGAGUGAAAAAGCUACUUGCCGAUGUAAGGUCUGAGUUAGUCUCAUCUCAGAGAGCUUUGACAUCCUCUAGACUGAAAAUGGCAGAGCAGGAAAAUCUGUUAGAAGAGCGUCUCCAAGAGCUUGAAGAGCAAAGAAGAAGUGUUAUGUCUUACAUGACAAGUUUGAAAGAAGCUCAAAUUGAGGUAAAGAAUCAGAAAGUGAAACUCAUGUUUGCUGAGGCUCGAAACAAAGAAUUUGAAAGGAAUUUAUCCAUGGAAAAGGAG